UUCCUGGACUUUGCUGGAUGUCUUUUUUUUUUUAACACAGCACUCUGAGGAGGAUUUGGUCUUUUCUACAUGAUAUAAAUAGCUGAAGCAACUUGAUACUAGGAAACAGGUGGAAUCAGUGGAUUUUAAGCCCCCCACUGCAUGUCGGGGAGCUCAGCUCACCCCCCUGCUGAGAUCCAGCAGGAGCAGCCAAAACCUGGACACUGAAAAAUUACACACAUUUCUUCAACCAAGUGCUAGAUCAGGUGUAAACUACACGUGUGUUUCUUCAAUCUGGUCACACCUUCACACAAAUAGCUGGACCAUAUGUGAGGAGUCUUGCUGACUAGUAACUGAAUUUCCAUCUUGGUGCGAGAGGGAGUGGAGUGUGCGGUCAUCAGGCGGUCGGGGAGAAGAUGCCAGCCAUCCUGGUGGCCUCAAAGAUGAAAUCAGGACUCCCCAAACCCAAACCGGUGCACAGCGCCCUGCCCAUCCCCCAGACCCACAGCAGGCCGUCAGCUCUAGCUCUGCCUCAGGCACCCCUCAAGACCCACAUACCUUCACUGGGCCAGCAGGUGGGCGCAGAACCCCCAAGAAGCAUCACACCGGGGUCGGAGGAUGGAGAAGACAGGAUGGUCAGGAAGAUCUACACGGACUGGGCCAAUCACUACCUUGCCAAGUCAGGACACAAGCGUCUGAUCAAGGACCUACAAACAGAUAUCGCAGACGGAGUGCUGCUGGCUGAGAUCAUACAGGUCGUAGCCAAUGAGAAGAUUGGAGAUAUCAAUGGCUGUCCCAAGAGCCGUUCUCAGAUGAUUGAGAACAUUGAUGCCUGCCUCAGUUUCCUGGCAGCCAAAGGAGUCAAUAUCCAGGGUCUGUCUUCAGAGGAGAUCCGAAAUGGUAAUCUGAAAGCCAUCCUCGGCCUCUUCUUCAGCUUGUCCCGCUACAAACAGCAGCAGCAGCAGCAGCAGCAGGCCCAGCGGCAGAACUCCCAGCCCUCUCUCCCACCCAACGCCCAGCCCCAGAGCAUUCACCCUCCUCUGAGCCAGCAGAGCAGCGCUCCGGCCCAGCUCAGCCACUCUACGCAUGGGACUCCUGCCCUCACAGCCCAGAAAGCAGCACAGGCCGAGAUGCAGUCCAGGGAUGGGUCUCAGAGUAAACUGCUCAAGUUUUCCCUUGGUCAGAAAAAGACCUCUAGACUUCCCGGCCCCUCGGCGAGGGUGUCCACUGCCGGCAGUGACAUCCCUCCAAGAGGCUCUGCGGUCAGUGCUGCUGGGAACAGACGCAGCCAGGGCUUCAGUGACAAGACCAAAGCCAACUUGAACCUGAACAAAGAUUCCUCAGAGGGCAUGACCUCACAGCCUUCAGUGAUGACUGAGCAUGCUCCGUCAUCUGCAGUGACUGUCAGCUCCUCCACCAGCAUCCCCGCUGCUACCUCCGCUCAGAUUCCUCCCCCAUCGUCAUCAUCUUCAUCCUCUUCCACAGCCAUUCCCCAGCCCAACAGCAAGCCCUGGAGGAGCAAGUCGAUGAGCUCCAAGCACAUCUCUCCUGCUCCCUCCUCCACCAGCACCCCCGCGUCUGCCAUGCAGCCCGUCAAGCAGGAGAAGGACGCGUCCUGUAAGGCUGCCCCGGCAACUGAAGCUCCCCCUAAGGUUGUCGCUCAGAAGUCAAUGCUAGAGAAGCUUAAGCUCUUCAACAGUAAAGGAGGCUCCAAAUCUUCCACCUCCUCCAAUGGAGCAGGGGCUCAGACUGACAAUGCUGCCCCAGCAAGGCAGCCCGGAGCAGUGCAGGUGGAGAGAGCCGAGACUGGCUCCAACACCGACCCCAUGGAGGAAGAUGAUGGCAAUGUCCGUCCAGGAAUGAAUGGCACCAGCAACGGGACGGCCUACGGAGCAGCUCCCUCAGCAGGUACUACUGUGUCCACAACCGCCAGCAGCCCCAAAAUCGCCCUGAGGGGCAUCGCCCAGCGCACUUUCAGCAGAGCUUUGACUGCCAAGAAGGGCUCUGUCAAAAGCACAGAGAAAUACAAGGAGAAGGAGAGAGGGAAGGAGAAGGAGAAGGAGAAAGGGAAGGAGGUGGGGAAACGCAUCUCAGUCUCCGACAGGACAGAGCUCAGGGGUGAGGAGCUUAAGGAGGAAGUAGCACCUGUUGUAGACACAGACAGCUCAAACAAAAGGACCUCUAAAAUCACCAGCUUCAUUCCCAAGGGGGGUAAAGUGGCCAAAAAGGAGAGUUCCACCCCUGCACAAAGCGGAAUACCAAAGCCAGGAGGCAAAGCCCCGGGAGUCGGGGGGAAAGCUUCCUCAGUGAAGGAGGCGGGGGAGAGGCCUCGGAGCAUGCGGUUAGGAGGGGGGCUCGCCAUGCACCGCGGACCCCUGGACAGAGACAGGGACAGCAGGCACUCCAGCUCCACCUCCAGCCUGGCCUCCACAGAGGGAAAGACCAGCGCCUCCCCUGUGGCAGGUGGAGGCACUACACAGAGCACAGCCAGCAACACCAUCAGCGUGCAGCUACCUCAGACUCAACAGCACCACAGCCACCCCAACACGGCCACCGUCGCACCUUUCAUGUACAGAUCCCAAACAGACGGCGAGGGAACGGGGAACACUGAGUCCGGCUCAGGAGGAAGAGGUGGAGACGUUUCCUUCACUAAGACCAGCCAGCUCUCCAUCGAGGACCUUUCAGGUGAAGACCCAGAGACAAGGCGGUUGCGUACCGUCAAAAACAUAGCAGACCUCCGGCAAAACCUGGAGGAGACCAUGUCGAGCUUGCGAGGAACUCAGGUCACACACAGCACCUUGGAAACCACCUUUGACGGCAGCGUCACCACAGACAUCAGCAGUGGCGGAGGUGGCAGUGGAGGCAGCAACAACAGCGGAGGGGGUCGGAGCAUCCUCAGCAUCACUUCCACCCGCCCCUCCCUGGCAUCAUGGCGGCUGGGCCAGUCCAGCCCUCGUCUGCAGGCGGGCGACGCGCCCUCUAUGGGGAACAGUUACGGCGGCCGGGUGGUCGGCAGCCAGGGAGGACGCUACCUGUACCCUGGACAUCUGCGGCGGCAGCUGGCUGGCAGGGGAGGAGCUCUCUGCAGCGUGGACCUCGGAGACAGAGCAGGGGAGGACAUUGACCUGGAGGGCAUCGCCGUGGACGUCACUGGAUACAUGAGCGAUGGAGACGUGCUGAGCAAGAAUGCUACACGCACUGAUGAUGUCGCUAGCGGCUAUAUGACUGACGGAGGUUUGGGUCUGUACACACGGCGCCUGAACCGCAUGCCCGAUAGCAUGGCCGCCGUCCGAGAGACGCUUCAUCGAAACACGUCGUCAGGACAGGGAGAUGCUGACAGCUGGGAUGACAGCAGCUCUGUGAGCAGUGGCAUCAGCGACAACAUCGACACAGAUGACAUCAACACCAGCUCCUCCAUCUCCUCCUACGCCAACACGCCCGCUGCACAGCGCAAGGGCCUCAACACACAGCCUGUGACGGAUGCAGAGAAGCACUCGGCUUCCACAGCAGUGCACCAGGCCUGGUCAGGAGACGAGGUGAAGAGGCCAGACGGCGGGUCAGACAGUGGGGUCAGGAUGGAGCCGGGCUCCAAGUGGAGCCGCCGGAACCCCUCCGACAUCUCCGACGAGUCAGACAAGGGCGGCUCAGGGAGGAAGACCCCCUCGGUGUCUCACACAGGCUCUUGGAGGAGAGGCAUGAGUACUCAGGUGGGGGUGACGUCCCCCCGGACUAAAAGCACCAGUAGCACAGGCUCCUCGAGCUCCACUGGCCUCAAGACCCACAGUUCAGGUAAAACAGAUGACGUCAAGGUGUCAGAAAAGGGUCGUCUCUCUCCUCGUCCUAAUGGUCUUCACCGCUCGCCCUCAGAUGCAGGACGCAGCAGCGGUGAUGAGGCAAAGAAGCAAUCGAUCCCCACCAGCCGCACAUCGACCACAAACGCCCUCACUCACACUGUUUCAGACCCCCACUCCCAGACACACACACUCACCUCACGCACUCCUACCAGCACCUUCGGUUUCAAGAAGCAGGGCCAUGGCAUGGGAACCAUGGUUACUGCCAGUGGUGCAACUAUCACAAGUGGCUCAGCCACCCUGGGAAAGAUGCCCAAAUCUGGGGCUCGCUCACUGGCAGGAGGGUUGAAGGCUGGCGGGCAGGAUGGCGGGGUGGCACUGGGUCACCAUGACGACAGCUUCCUCCCCAUGAGUGCCCGCUCCACGCUGCAGUAUCGCAGCCUGCCGAGACCCAGCCGCUCGGGAGCAGCUGCCCGCAACGGAAACCGGUCCUCCACCAGCAGCAUCGAGGCUGCUGUACUCUCUGUCACGUCUCACGGGAAAAACUCAAUGAGCUUGACCAAGGCCAACGGCUCAGGAGGCGUGAUGGCCAACCAGACAGAUCGGGAGAAGGGCGUCUCAGAGAUAGACAACCUGAGGAGCGGAGUGGUGAUGCAGAGUGGAGGAGCAGCGACUGUUCCUUUGACAGGAAGACAGCAGGUUUCUUCACCUACACUGCGGAGGUUGUUUGGUGGGAAGCCCAGUAAACAGGCUCCAGUCACCACGGCUGAAAACAUGAAGAACUCCACUGUCAUCUCCAACCCCCACGCCACCAUGAACCACGUGGGCACGGUGCUGGAGUCCCCCGACGGAGGGCUGGGAGGCGUGGACAGUGAGACCAGCAGCCUCCUGUUUGGCGGCAGGGCACAGGGAUUAGGGAUGGGGACGCUGGGCAGCGAGCAGGCCUCCAGUCCCGGCUCAGUCUACUCCUCCACUGGACCCUCCAAUAGCCUGACGUGGGGCACCACCUUCAGCAGCUCCUCCGCCCAGAGUAGAGAGAGCACGCUGGGCGGGCACGGUGGGACAGGCAGCAUGGGAUACCCCUCCGUCAGCAGCAUGCACACCAGCAGCGAGUCCAUCGACAUGAGUCUGGGCAGCGCCGGCCACGGGACCCACAGGGAGGACACCCUGUCCGCUCUGGGACGUACCGGCAGCGUCAAGACCGGCAUGUCUGAGAGUCCCCUCUCCUCCCCCUCCGCUAGCCCUAUAUUCAGCCGAAACACGCUGCCUCGGAAGCAGGACAGCGGGCCACACUGUGGUAGAAACACUCUGCCCAAGAAGGGACUCAGGUAUGGCCCGUCCCCACAGCUGCGAGGUCACGAGGAGGCCCGUGAUUGGCUGCGCUCCCACUCCACCAGCGGGCUGCAGGAAUCAGCCAGUAACUCCCCGUUCUCCCCCAGCUCCAGCCUCACCUCCCCCUCUGGCACUCGCUUCAACUUUGGACAGCUCGCGUCCAGCCCGACCUCAGCAGCUCAGAUCAACCUCGCUGGCAUGCGCAACAACAGCCUGACCAAUCAGGACGUCUCCUUUGACCCUUGCAGUGACAACCGAUUAAGAAACUCCUGCAUGUCUCUUGACGAGAAGACUCGCACCAUGAGCAGAUCUGGCUCCUUCAGGGACGGCUUCGAGGAAGUUCACGGAUCAUCCUUGUCUCUGGUCUCCAGCACCUCUUCCAUUUACUCCACGAAUGAGGAGAAGUCUCAGUCAGAGAUCCGCAAGCUGCGUCGGGAACUGGAUGCCUCCCAGGAAAAGGUUUCCGCCCUGACGACACAGCUGAGUGCCAACGCUCACCUGGUGGCAGCGUUUGAACAAAGUCUGGGCAACAUGACCAUCAGACUGAAGAGUCUCACCUUGACAGCAGAGCAGAAGGACUCUGAGCUGAAUGAGUUGAGGAAAACCAUCGAGCUGCUGAAGAAGCAGAACGCUGUGGCUCAGGCUGCCAUCAAUGGAGUCAUCAACACACCUGAACUCACACCUAAAGGGGACAGGACAGCCGGCAAUAACAGCAGUUCACAACAGCAGCAGCAGAAUCAGCAGCCGGACCUGCGCAUCAGGAGGCAGCACUCCUCUGACAGCGUCAGCAGUGUCGCCAGCGCAACCAGCCACUCGAGUGUGGGCUCCAACAUGGACACUGAUGCAAAAAACAAGAAGAAGAACAAGAAGAACUGGGUCUAUGAGCUGAGAAGCUCCUUCAAACAAGCGUUCAGCAAGAAGAAGUCUCCCAAGUCGGCCUCUUCUCACUCUGACAUCGAGGAGAUGACGGACUCGUCGCUGCCGUCCUCCCCUAAGCUGCCUCACAACGGCACCACUGCCUCCAGCCACAUGCUCAGGAACACACACUCCAACUCGCUACUGUCUGAGUGUUUGGACAGUGAGGCAGAGACAGUGAUGCAGCUACGCAGUGAACUCCGGGAGAAGGAGAUGAAACUGACUGAUAUCCGCCUGGAGGCUCUCAGCUCUGCACAUCAGCUGGACCAGCUCCGGGAGGCCAUGAACCGCAUGCAGUUGGAGAUUGAGAAGCUAAAGGCGGAGAAUGACCGUCUGAAGGUGGAGAAUCAGGGCAGCAGGAUGGGCUCCCAGGCCUCCAUCUCCUCCUCCCCUCCCCCUCACGCACACAGCCAGGCCCAGGGAACUGGGCCAGCACUCUCCCAGCACAGCCUCAACCUCACCACCAGCGAGUCCACCAGUCUGGACAUGCUGCUAGACGACACUGGCGGAGAGGGAGGGAUGAGGAAGGAAGGGCGACAUGUGAAGAUGGUCGUCAGCCUGGACACGGACAGCAAGUGGGGAGAGGAGGGCCGACCUCGUCAUUUUCUGAUCGGCUGCAUCGGUGUGAGUGGGAAAACGAAGUGGGAUGUCCUGGACGGAGUGGUCCGACGCCUUUUUAAGGAGUACAUUACCCACGUGGACCCGGUGAGCCAGCUGGGGCUGAGCUCAGACAGCGUGGAGGGAUACAAUAUCGGCGAAAUCCACCGGCCCAGCACUCCCAGUGCAGCCCACACACCCGAGCUGCUGCCCUGCGGCUACCUGGUGGGAGACAGCAACACUAUCAACAUCCAGCUCAAAGGUGUGAGCAGUGAGAACGUGGACUCGCUGGUGUUUGACACUCUGAUCCCGAAGCCCAUGCUGCAGCGCUACGUCUCCCUGCUGAAGGAGCACAGACGCGUCAUCCUGUCGGGCCCCAGCGGCACAGGAAAGACCUACCUGGCCAAUCAGCUGUCUCACCACCUGCUGCUGCUAGAGGGCAGACCGCUGACCCCGAAUGCUGUUGUCACGUUCAAUGUGGACCACAAGUCCAGCAAGGAGUUGCGUCAGUACCUGUCAGGUUUGGCCGAGCAGUGCAGCGGUGUCCCGGGGGCAGACAGCCCUCUGGUGGUCAUUCUGGACAACCUGCACCACGUCAGCUCCCUGGGAGACAUCUUCAAUGGCGUCUUCAACUGCAACUACCAGCACUGCCCCUACAUCAUCGGCACCAUGAGCCAAGCUACGUCAUCUGCCCCCAACCUGCAGCUUCACCACAACUUCAGGUGGGUGCUGUGUGCCAACCACAUGGAGCCAGUGAAAGGCUUCCUUGGUCGUUACCUGAGGAGGAAGCUGAUAGAGACGGAGAUCGGCAGCCGAACGCGCAACAUGGAGCUGGUGAAGAUUAUUGACUGGAUCCCACGGGUUUGGCACCACCUCAACCGCUUCCUGGAGACACACAGCUCCUCUGAUGUCACCAUCGGACCUCGUCUCUUCUUGUCCUGUCCCAUGGACGUGGAGGGAUCCAGGGUUUGGUUCACUGACCUCUGGAACUACUCCAUCAUCCCCUACAUGCUGGAGGCCAUACGAGAGGGACUGCAGCUGUACGGCCGCAGGGCUGCGUGGGAGGACCCUGCUGCCUGGGUUAUUGACACUUACCCAUGGUCAGCCACGCCCACUCCAGCUGAAUGGCCCCCUCUGCUGCAGCUCCGCCCAGAGGAUGUGGGGUUUGACGGCUACUCUGCCCCGAGAGAAGGAGUCAGGAAAGAGCCACCACAGAGCGACAGUGACGCGGACCCGCUGAUGAACAUGCUGAUGCGUCUAAAGGAGGCAGCGACAUCGUCAAGCCCACAGAGCUACGAUAGCGACUCCAACAGCAACAGCCAUCAAGACGACAUCCUAGACUCAUCACUAGAGUCGACUUUGUGAUGCCGACACUGGGAUCAGUUUUCAGGAGGGACUUUUUAUAUGAACUGUUCUCAGCUGGAGAACUUCUUGUUAGAGUAUAAUUUCAUGCCACAAAAUCCAGCCACCUUAAUUUGGGUGCAGGUAACCCAAAUAUUUAAAAAAGAGAAAAAAGGUUCAAACUGCAUUUCAGAAAACGGGCAACAAAAGUUUCUACUGCACUGCGCUGUUUUUUUUUGUUUUGUUUUGUUUUUCACCACUGUGGCCCGUGGCUCCUCUGUCAGGAGCCUGACAUCUACUUCAGACAGACAGAUAAUAAAAGCACACAGCCUGUCUCUUGUGGUGAGGCGUUGUCAUUACCAUCACCAGCCAUCAGCAUCUUAAACACCAGCCUGGAGUCCUCCAUCCUCAACUGAGCCACAGCAUCAGCUCCAGCUCAUCAGGCUGAGAUACUCCUGGGCCUGUCCGGCUGCAGUGCAUCUGAGUGGCCUGCAGAUGGCAAUACAGACCCUUGUCUCUGGAACAUCAGGGAGCCUGAGCUACCAGCUGCUGAGAACACCGAUGAGACACUGCUGGUUGAACGGACGAACAGCCGGCAGUUAUCCGCUCUUCCUCCGACUCUGUGGCUGAAGUUUACUGUGUGAGGGUAAAUCGAGCCAAAGUGAAUGUUCGCCUCAAAGCAUGUCUGCUCACACUUUAGACAUUGUUUGAUUUUGUUCAAACCCCAACUAAACGAAAUCAGAUUUUUAAGUUGGGGAAAGAAAUAGCAUUGUACUAACAAUGGAGGAAAUGUGUGUCAACAGAAAGCAAUCAAGAGAGCAGGAAACAGUUCCUAUCAGAUACAGCUGAAUGUUUUUGAUUUUAAUGUCUGCAUUCAAAGCUCUCAGUGGACAAAAUGGAGGAGAACUGAUGUGUUUAUACAUGUAAAUCCAUAAUAUAUGUGUGGUAACAAGGACGCAGGCAAACACCGACUAUGUUUACAUACACACUAAUAGUCCACUACUAUUCUGAAUAUGAUAGGGGUCAGGUAAACAGACAAAUUUUGGAUAAGCUGCAAUGGGCCAUUUUCUGAAUUAGGCAUUUUCUGAUUAAGACGUGGGAUAUGCUGAUAUUAUUUAGGCUUCAGGAGCAUUCUUUGACAUGUAUCUAGCUUAUUGUCAGCUCUGUGCGUUGUCACAGACUAGUUCUACACAAACCAACCAGCCAGCUCUUUGCAAGGCUGAUACAGAGAUACAUGCCCAAAAGAAAUGCCCACAUUUGUGUUUGGAAGAAGACACAGACCUACUUUUAAACAUUAUGAAAGAAAAGAAUGAAAACGGGAGGCUGUGUUCACUCAAUCCCACAAACUAUUUUGAUGCCAGAAGCAAAAUGACAAGCGGCUCCAGCCGUUCCAUUUUUCCAUAUUUUGGCGAUUAUAACGACAUGUUGAGGCAUGGAAUAUGCUUGUGAACAGCUUAAUAGAAAUACUGUCUUUCUCUGAGAAAAGGCAAAACCUGAAAUACUUUGUGCAUGUAACCGUAGCCAUUGUAGCAGCACUGCUUCACCACCAGAUCAAAGUCUGUGGAAAAAAAUCUCAAGCCAAUUUAACCAAAAAAUUCUCACCUUAAAUCCUGCUGACAUCUUUUUUCUUUUGAAGUUGACAAAGGGUCCUCGGUGGACACAUCCCGCCUCAAAGCUGAGAAACUUUUCUUCCACCAGAAAGUAGUUCCUUUGAAAUGAAGCAGAAUAACAUAUUAUGCGCAUUUGUUAUUUGGCCAAACACACAACUGUAAACACCAACAUUUAUAGCUAAUUUUACAAAGCAAGUCAAGGACAAAAUCUAACUUACAAAGUCCUUUUAAGAGUCUUAGUUCUCAUAAAAACAAACACUGUCAGGAGGAAAGGGUGCAAACUGGGAAUUGAACAUUCACCAUGGCUCGAUUUAUCCGUUUAAAGUGUUUGAGAUAUUGUCCUUUUCCAUCUGUGUUGUAACUUUCCGCAUCGACUCACUCAAUAAUCCUUUGAGAUCUCCAUGCACCUUGGCCCAAACAGGCUGUUGUAGCACAACUCUCUUUUGGUGCUGGACUGAAUUCUAACAAACAAUGCCUUACUCUUUUUCUAAACAGACUAUGUGCAUUAGCCGAUUCUUUAUUUGUCUAAAUGGCUGUAAACCUAACCUAGGGCUCCGAGUCGACACUCUCCUCGAGGAGCGGCGUCGACCUCUCAUCAUAUCAAACACCAAUGCCGUGGGAUUGGGACAUGAAUGAGAAGCAGUACUUUGGGUUUUAAAAUUUAAGUUGUAUGCAUGUAUGACCCAGUGCUGUGAAGCUGGUGUAAAUAUUUGGACCACUAGCAAGAAAUAAAUAAAUAUAUAGAUGUUUUUUGGUGCUCGAAAUUUUGCAGGUUGAUUGGGUGAGGGAAGUUUAAGAUGUGCUGAUUUUAUACCUCAUCCCCAUCCUUUAAAUGUCCACGCUCAUAGUCUGUUUGAUGUGACUCUGUGAUGAACAAAAACUGUCCUAACAAACAUGUUGAACUAAUUAAGUGAAAACUAGUGUAUAUGCUGCUUUGUUUAUAGUGAUAUAAUUAAUCUGAGGUUAAAAGUAUAAAGGUACUUGUGGUUGAAUGAUAAUGUUAAACGGUUUGACAUCAUUUCUGUGGCGUGAAAUCUAAAGAAUAUUUGGGGGUCAUGUCAUCCAGCACAGCCUCCAUCGCUUUCAGUGUUUUUGUCACCGAUCCUAUGCAACAUUCAUUCUGAUCUCUAAAUGGAAGCCAAAAGCUGAGCGUGCAUUUUGUCCCCCUCCGUGCGUGGUGUCCAGCGCUGCCGAGACGCACAGCACGGAACCUGACUUGUGAGGACUUUAAAGAUUUGUGGCCCAUGUUCUUUGUCCGUAUGUGUGUCUGUGUAGUUUAUAGACACUCUCCUGCUAUGGUCCUUGUAAGCACAAAGAGACUGAGAGGUGUGGAUGUUGUCCAAGCAUUUGUCUGUCAGUUUUAUUACUCACAAACUCAAUGAAUGUUUAGCCUUCUUUGCUGUGUACAUUUUUUAUAUGUAACAUAACUUUGUAAAUAGUUGAUUAUCUUGCAGCAUUUUGAUGACUUUUCUAGCCGAUUUGUUACAGUACUUGAAAAGGAGUAUUUUGUGUACAGUCUCUUUACAUCAGAGCAGAUUGAUGCGGUUUGUCAUCACUGGUCUGUCCAGGGCUCGGAGAAUUAAAUCUGAUAUCACUGUACUAGUCUUAAGUUAUUGUGAUUCAAUAAAAUUAAUGAUUAUUUAUGAUUUAA